AUGUCAUUCGAGCGUAACGGAGAUUACGCACGCGAGAUGACUGGGGAAGCUGAGGUAGAAUGUCAUAUGACACAAGCUAUUUGGGAGCACGUAGAUGCCUUCCGAAAACCUUUCAGAGACGCGGACUCAGAAGAAGUCAUAUUUGCCUCUGCGCUUGAUAUUUUCGAGCUUGCAGUUGUGGAGACUCUUUCUGAUGUUCGUAAAUAUGCUGCAGAACGCUCGACACAGAGUAUCGAUAUAGAGCUCGAGCGGAAGCUCAUAGAAGCCCUCGCCGACAUUCGAAACGAGUUGGACAUGAUAUCUACCAUCAUGGCACAACAGGAAGAGAUCAUCGACAACGCCAUUAUCGAUCGAACUAAGAGAAUGGCUGCUUGCCGGGAGACACUGGUCGAGACAAUUAAGCAAUCAGAACGUAGUCUUGAAGAAAACGAAUCUCUCGAACAGAGCGGAGCUUUGAGGGAUCAUGACAUCAAGUCCAACAGACUCAUAUGUGGGCUCGAGAAGAGCAAGGACUGCAUCGAGAACUACAAAAGACGGAUCUCUAAGAUCAAUAGGGACGCGGACAAGGUAGCGAAAACGGUUGAUGACAUGCUCAAUCUGAGCAGAACAGAAGCGAGUAUCAAGGAAGCCCAAAAUAGCGUCAUCAUAGGAUGGGCAGCGAUCGCAUUCGCAAUCAUCACGGUCAUCUUCACGCCGCUAUCAUUUAUGACAAGUCUGAUGGCUCUGCCCAUUAACCGGUUCAUGGAUCAUCAAUACAGAUACGACGACGACGAUAGAGCAUACAAGUCAGGCUAUCUAGCAAGCAUCUUUAUAGUCGGAGCAGAGAUCGCUUCUCUGCUUGUUACGGGCGCUAUUCUGGGGGUUGCGUACUGGAUCUCUCCGAUGAAUCGGAGAUCGCGAAAGCAGCCAGCUCCCAACAGGAACAUGAACACGCAAGAGACCGAUACGCCUCGCGAAGCCAAGCAAGACCCACCCGGCGCCAAAGACGCUACUGGCACAACGACUGAGCGAAAUACCAAGUUUACUAGCUGGUCCGUAGCAGGGGUGUCAAACUCCUUGACGCGUAGGCUCAAGAGCAAGAAAAAAGACGAGGAGACUGGAGGACAAGAUGAACAAGUACCCGAAGUCUAG